AAUUGCAGGUCAAAUGAAAUGUUGACGGGUUCACGGACACAUCCGCAGCUGUAUCGUAUGCAUAAGUUGUUCCUCAGCCGAUGUGUCGCAUCAUCAAACAUACAGUGCAUUUCUUCAUUUCCGACACGUUUAAUCAAAAUACCUUUGCAAAGAUUGCGAAUCAAUAAUGGACUCAUCCCAAAGAAUUCCGUACUCUUUCGAAGAUUCUGUAAUGACGAGUCAUCGGCGGUCAUCUUUAAUGUUGAAGACGAAGAAGAUUUCACGGAAAAGGUUAUGAACUCUUCUGUCCCAGUGCUCGUAGAUUUUUAUGCUGAUUGGUGUGGGCCAUGUAAAAUGUUGGGGCCGCGAAUCGAAGCCAAAGUUGUUAGCCGCGAAGGAAAUAUUAAGCUAGCAAAGGUGAAUGUCGAUUAUGCAGCAGAUGUGGCAAUGGAUUAUGAUGUGCGUUCCGUACCCACUGUUGUCGCAAUGAAAUCCGGUCAAGUUGUUGCACGCUUCCAAGGUGUAAAAACUGAUGAUGAAUUGGAUUAUUUUAUUGACACUGUUAUUGAUUCAGAGUAAAGUUAGUGCUCGGA